AUGUAAAGAAACAGCAGGUCGCGGGGUGUGAUCCAAACCUACAACUGAUGAAAGCUAAAGGAAAGACAGCGUUACAUGCAGCUGCCGCGGGAGGUUACGUCGACAUAAUUGCUUGUCUGAGACUGGCGGGAUGUGACUUAAAUCUCGUAGACUAUGAAAACCGAACACCAAUUUUCGAUGCAGUCAGUAACCACAAAGUGAAAGCCAUCGAAUACCUCGUUGAUUGUGGAGCAGUUUUGGGAACCAAGGAUACUAAAGGUAUGACAUGUCUACAUUUGGCUGCCCGGCAGGGGCACACGGACCUGAUAAAAUUAUUACUUAAAACAGGAAAAUUCGAUAUAAACGAAAAGGAUGACGGAGGGUGGACUCCUAUUAUGUGGGCAGCUGAAGACAAACAGUUUGACGCCACUCAUCUUUUGAUUGAACAAGGUGCUAAUAUCCACAUAAGAGAUGAAGAGCUUAAUACUCCCCUCCACUGGGCGGCCUUGUCAGGAAAUCUCGAAGUGUGCAGACUUCUUUUAGAGGCUCAUGCCGAUGUAAACUGUUUGAAUAUAUUCAAGGAGACAUCACUACACAUCGCUGCAAGAGAAGAUCGUUACAACUGUGUGCAGUUGUUAGUCAGUCGGGGAGCUAACAUUCAUAUCAAGAACAAAGACGGGCAAACACCUCUCACGGUUGCUAAACUUGAUUCAAAAAGUAAAAACUUGCUGCAUUCGAAACUCGACUUGGAAUCAUGUCAGAAAUUUAUAAGGUCGCGGAUCCUCCAUAGUGAUAUCUCCCGUGGGCAAGAAAGUGUUUCAAUUUCUUGUAUAAACGAGGUCGAUGACGAACCAUUUCCGAAGUUCACAUUUGUCAAAGAAUCCCUUGAAAUUUACAAUGGGACGGUAAACUGGAGUAUUUCAAAAUCUGAGGGAUGUGAUUGUGACGGUGAUUGUCGCAGUGGCAGAGCAUGUACAUGUUCUGGGAGGAGCGAACGGCAGAGAAUAUGGUACAACGAGGAAGGUUUGUUAAAAGGCGACCUACAGAAGUACGACAGGCCACUCGUGUUUGAGUGUAACAGAAUGUGCAACUGCUGGUCUUACUGUAGGAACAGAGUAGUGCAGAAGGGGAUGCAGUAUCCAUUGCAACUAUACAGAACCUUCAAAAAAGGUUGGGGUGUUAGAAGCCUCACGGAAAUUCCACAGGGGAGUUUUGUUUGUGAAUACACUGGUGAUUUAAUAUCUGACACCGAGGCAGAUGCGCGAGAUGAUGAUGACUAUCUUUUUGACUUGGACUGUAAGGAGAAUGCUCACGAAUUGUACUGCAUUGAUGCUAAGCAUUAUGGUAAUAUCAGCAGAUUUAUUAAUCACUCGUGCGAGCCAAACGUUUUUCCGAUACGAGUUUUCAUUCAUCAUAGGGACCUUAGAUUUCCAAGGAUUGCUUUUUUCGCUCUUAAAGAAAUUAAUGUACACGACGAGAUAUGUUUCAACUACGGAGAUAGAUUCUGGUCUGUAAAACGUAAAGAGUUCUUCUGUGAAUGUGCAACUCCAAGCUGCAAGUAUCGGGAUCAUAACGGAUAGCCUUUCGUAAUGAUGCCUGUUCCCUGAACACAAUUCUUCUUUUUAAUCUUUCUUGUGUUGUCUUUGUCAUUAUGAUACAGCAUUUGUACAAUUUCCUUUUAAAAAGUAACGUUUUAGACUCUGCAUUAUUUUUAUAUGUCAAUACUGUGCUACCAGAUUGGAAAAGUUUGUUUUAAAUGCCAUAUUACCAACAGCUCUGAUAUUUUUUAGAAAACUUUGGAGUCAAGUGUUUGGUUGUGAGAAAACCUUGUAAGGGGAACCGUUAAUAGGUUUUUCGCCUCUAAGAUCUGAAUAUCGAUUCUCAGCAAAGUCAGCCGUACAUUUCUUAUUAUUUUGGCUCUUUUAAUUUGUUGUUCAAUCGAAUAGUACUCUACGUUCACACAUUUUUCUUUUCGUCACCCUUCCGCUUGAAAUGUGUCGCUAUCGUGCGGAGAAAUUCCGUUUUGGCUAUUUGUUCAACAGCUCUCUUGUACAUAACAAAGACUUCUUCAUUCUUUAGGGAUUUUUGUGACUUAGAGGAGGAUUGAAAGCAUUAUUGCAAAACGAUACAUCAAUAUAAAUUAAAAAACUUCUUAGUUCGAAAUGUUUUUAGUCGCUAUUUUUUAGCAAGCGAUCUUUGUUUUGUUUUUUUUUUUUUUUCUUAAUUACUUCUCUUAUCAGACCAGGUAUAUUAACCAGUAGUAUUAGAGGCCCGAGAGAAGUAAUUCGUUGUCAAAAACUUGUUUCAUAAAGAAUGUAAAAAGUUGCUAGCCAUACUGUGAUGUAGCGUUAUAUUCUAAAACUUACUCGUAGUUAGGCGUGUGAAAGGUUUGAGAUUGAGAUUGAAUGCAUAGGGUUGCUCUGUCUAUUUAAAAGAACGACUGUACCUCCUACUAUUAAACAUUCCAAGAGAGUUGAUAACUGUUAUUCAUUUGCGAACGAUUUAUUUUAUUGGCUUAUCUAUUUGCCUAUGAUUCUCUGACGCUUGUUGUGCAUCCAUUACUUUGUGGCUCCGUUGUGUUCAAGUAGUAUUGGCAUGAGACAUCUUGAUAACUUCAUCCUAACUUAUUUUAAAAAGGUUACCGAAGCAGUAUGAUAUUCGAGAAACUACAUGCACAGCUAAACUUUAAAUUAUCACGGUAGAAUGUUGUGACAGUUCUAUGGUUUGGUUUUUAACUUUCUCUUGUGUAAUACGUCCAUCUGUCUGUAAAUCUAUCUUAGGAAUAUUCAAGUGUAAAGUGUUUUGUCUUUUACUUAGGCGUAAUCAGAAAUAAAUGUGUUUUAUCC